GCCUGGUAUUCCUAUACAUAACAUGGACAAGUAUCAGAAAAUUGAAAAGCUUGGAGAAGGUACAUACGGAAUUGUCUACAAAGCCCAGAACAGAGAGACAAACGAAGUAGUUGCCUUGAAACGAAUUCGGUUAGACAAUGAAGAAGAAGGGGUUCCAUGUACAGCUAUUCGCGAAAUCUCUUUGCUGAAGGAAUUGAAGCAUCCAAAUAUCGUCAGACUUUAUGAUGUUUUACACACGGAAAAGAAGUUGACACUAGUUUUUGAAUACCUGGACUCUGAUUUGAAAAAGUUUUUGGAUUCUUAUGGCGGAGACAUUGACACUUUGACGAUAAAGCAAUUUAUGUAUCAGCUUUUGAAAGGAAUCGCUUUUUGUCAUGAGCAUCGAGUAUUACAUAGGGAUCUCAAGCCGCAGAAUCUUUUAAUUAAUAAGAAAGGAGACUUAAAACUAGGUGAUUUUGGCCUUGCUCGCGCAUUUGGAAUUCCUGUUCGAAAUUAUUCCCAUGAGGUCGUCACAUUAUGGUACAGAGCUCCAGAUGUGUUGAUGGGCUCUAGACAGUACUCUACUUCUAUUGAUCUCUGGUCCGCUGGCUGCAUCUUUGCUGAAUUGGCGUCAGGGCGACCUUUGUUUCCUGGAAGUUCUAUACCAGAUCAGCUGCAAAGAAUUUUCAAAGUUUUAGGUACACCUACGGAAGAAACUUGGCCAAAGGUUUCUCAGCUUCCAGAAUACAAACGUGAUUUUGAAAUCUUUGGUCGGAUAUCUUUAGAAUCGCUUCUACCAAAGCUCGAUUCGUUGGGUAUAGAUCUGUUGAAGGUAUUGUUUGACAUUGAGCUGUCUCACUACGUACUUCUCAUGUACCUAACGACCGUCCGUUUCAGCGAUUAAUUGAGUAUGUGCCAGAAAAAAGAUUGAGCG